CGGGCCGCCACUGAGCAAGCGCAUCAUUCGUAGCUCAACUCCCUGAGAGACGGACCUCUUCGCUUACUUUGCCAUUUCUACCAUUUCCUUCGCAGUUUAAUAAUUGACGUAGACCGCCUUUGUGUCUUUUGUGAUUAUUUGUUGCUUGAAAAGUUUAGUAAGAUCUUAACUUCCAUGAUGAUGAACCCCCAACGUGAGACCACCAGCCCCACCAUCCUCCACUCGGAUGUCAUCGCCGACCGUCGCAGCGUCUUCCAAGGUCAUGUCGCUCCUGUCACCUGCCUCGACGACGUACGCCAGGUCCUGAAGGACCUUAAAAAAAAUAAGAAAAUUCUGAACGCGAAGCACAACACCUUCGCGUUCAGGAUCGAAGGUCCGGGCGGCGUCGUCGAGAACUACGACGACGAUGGCGAGGCGCACGCCGGCAGUAAAAUUUUAGAUUUAAUGUUUAAAAUGAACGCUCGAAACGUUGUGGUGGUGGUCACGAGAUGGUUUGGAGGAAUCCAGAUAGGGGCGGACCGGUUCCGCCACUAUCUGGCGGCCACGCAGCAGGCGCUGGCGCUGUCCAAUAAACUGACGUGCGCCGGCGCCGUAACUGAGGGAAAAAAAUCUAAUAAAAAUAAAAAAUGCAGGAAAAAAAAAUAAAAAACAAAAACUGAA